UUAACUUGUAUUGACAUGUAGAAUAAUUCAAUUUAAUAUUAUUGUAACGAAAGCAAAAUAGUGCUGCUGGUACCUCAUUGAAAAAUAGCAUCUUUCCACAAGCAUCUCUUCUUUAACAAUUCAUAAAAACUACGCUUUUGCAAUUUCAGUUUGAUGGUACGUAUUAUCACUUCUCAGUUGUGAUAUGUCUCCGUGUCUCAUUGUCGCAUUGGACGCUCUAGUGGUUACACGUAGUCGGUGAUGGCGACUAAUUAUCUGGACAACCCGGCGGUGGCCAACUUUGUCGAGUAUCUGAAGAUUCCGAGUGUCCAGCCUGAUGUCAAUUAUGAUGGUUGUGUUUCCUUCCUCAAAAAUCAGGCACAACAAAUCGGCCUGUCAUUUAAAGUAUACGAGGUGGUGCCAAAAAAGCCUAUAGUGGUGUUGACAUGGCCCGGCAAAGAACCAGGCCUUCCUACGAUACUAUUAAAUUCUCACAUGGAUGUCGUGCCUGUAUUUGAAAAAAGUUGGACUUACCCGCCAUUCAGUGGGCACAUCGACGACGAAGGGAAGAUCUUUGCCCGGGGCUCCCAAGACAUGAAAUGUGUCGGCAUACAGUAUCUGGAGGCGAUCAGGAAGCUGAAACAAGCUGGAGUUCAGCUGAAGAGGACAUUGCACAUCUCUUUUGUUCCUGACGAGGAGAUUGGAGGUCUUGAUGGUAUGAAGAAAUUCAUUCACACUAGCGAGUUCAAGGCCCUGAACAUCGGAUUCGCAUUGGACGAAGGAAUGGCGAACCCUGACGAAGAAUUCAUCAUCUUCAAUGGCGAGAGAAGCAUUUGGCAAAUACACGUACACUGCACCGGGCAACCAGGCCAUGGAUCACUUUUAAUUCCAAACACAGCUGGGGAAAAGUUAAGGUACAUAAUUGACAAAUUCAUGGAUUUGAGGGAAGAGCAAAAAAGGAUUUUGGAAAAUGAUCCCACACUGUACAUAGGUGACGUCACAACAAUCAACUUAACACAAAUAUACGGAGGUGUGCAAUCAAAUGUUGUUCCUGAAAAAUUGACAGCGGUUUUUGAUAUAAGGUUGGCUGUCACGGUCGAUCACACGGAGUUCGAAAAUCGGAUUAAAGCAUGGUGCAAAGACGCGGGCGAAGGUGUCACAUUCGAGUUCGAACAGAGAAAUCCAUACGUAGAGUGCACUAAAACGGACGCUUCAAAUCCUUUUUGGACAGCAUUUAAAGGGGCAACAGAUGAAAUGGGGCUGAAGUUAUCUCGGCGCAUAUUCCCGGGGGGCACGGACAGCCGCUACAUCCGCAGCCUGGGGCUGCCGGCCAUCGGCUUCUCCCCCAUGAACCACACGCCCGUGCUCCUCCACGACCACGAUGAGUUCCUCAAGGCUGACGUCUACCUCAGGGGCAUUGACAUCUACGUCAAACUCAUCGCGGCCGUUGCCAAUGUGUAAAGCCGAUCGGAAUGUACAUUGCGUAGUUUGAGUGGAAGCUUUUAUUUGCCGCAAUGAAAAAUCGGUAAUAUAUGCCGAAUCCGUCAAAGUUUGAACUGUUUGCUUUGUAUAUGCAUUGUAGUAUAGAACGGCAUACUCCACGCUCGUGUAUCUUAAGAUCAUUGACAUCUACAUCGACUCAUCGCGUUGCUAAGUGUUAUUAAUGCGGGUUACCUAGUAAGUGAUUA